CUUGUCUGUACAAUGUAAAUAGCAAAAGAUUUUUUAUAGCGUAUUUUAAGUGCCGACUUAAAUGUACUGCAAACAAAAUUGUAGAAGUAUGUUCAUAUCAGUGGCCGGCUGUUUAUGUCUGUUUUCGAUAUCAGUUUGCUAUAAGACACCCGAAGGAAUGUACUCUACUGUGGUUACUAUAAUCAUGUUCAAUCAUAUAAUAUCGAAUAUAAAUUGUGUGACGGUGAAUCAAUAUACAAUUCCUGAAAUUAUUUCUAAAACGAGGACAGAGCUGACACCAAUUUUAAUAACGUGCAGCCUAAACGAUAUUGUUAUAAUAUCUGCACCAGUAAUCGAUCAGAGAGACGUGCACUACUAUUUGUACCGUCCGAAUGGCGGCAUUCUAAAAUUAAACAUCACCCAUCCGAAUUAUGCACAUAGCAACAAUGUUCAAGACACCGGUGAAAAGAAAUACAGUUUCAUUGUUAUUAAAUACACGAAAAAAGCAAAAAGAGCUAUUGUAUCGCCAUUAUAUAACUAUAGAGUAUUUAGUGUGAAGAAUAAAGGUGAUGACGACGUUGACUUAUUCGCUAAAAAUGAAAAGGAAAUGAAUUUAAAUGAUUUUAUGAUAGGGCCACUGGGUGAAAAUGAUCAUGGCAAUUGGGUGUUAUGUUUAUAUUACAAAGAUUUGAAUGAUGAGUGGUUAGAAAUGUUUCAAGUUAUAACAAUUAAAAUAAUAGAAUCGGUGACGGCCAGUGUGCGAAGAACAAAAUCUCGGACUGAGGAUACAUUCCAUUUCAGCUUCUCCUAUCCAAUUAGGGACUUAACCAGUUGCGAGCUGACUGCCCCCGUGUCCACUUACGAUAGAUACUAUGAGAGGGACGUGAUCAAUUGGGAUACAUGUGGUUAUGUUAUUAAGAAUAUAACAAAGAACGACGAAGGCAUGUGGCGGAUAAUGGGGGUGGGACGAAUUGUUUAUGAAACACUAGCAUAUUUAAAAUAUACAUAAAGUAGAUUUUUUUUAAUUAUGUACAUAUAUGUAACAACGUGGGUAUUAUCAUGUAGUCCCAACACAGAAUGAGCCACCCGUUCCUAUCCCAUGGGUAUUGUAAAUGGCGAUUAAGGAACUGUAAUGAGUAUUUAUUUAGCAGCGUCGCUCUUAAAACAUAACUAAAAUUAACUAACCUAACUGCGGUUGUCAACCCGCUUGCUAAGCGUGGCAACUACUGGAAAAACUUCAUUUAUAAGGAAGGCUUAUGUUUAGCAGUGGGCAGUUAACCCCUAAUAUUAUGAUGAUGAAUUAUUUAUCGCCGUUUUAUUUACGUUUUGAAUUCAGGGAUACUUAACUAGUUUCCAAUGCAAUAGGAUAAUAAGUCUUUAUUUGUGAGCGCGGUUCAUGACUGAGUCUCGACGGUAACUGCACAAUCAGCGCGAUAUUUGUCGCUGCGAUUACAUUAUAUAGCUGCAUAACAGUAUACACUAUUAUGUCCAUAAUACCUCUGAUACGUUGUCAUUUCCAAGGACUAAGAUGUUGUGCCUCCGUCACUGACCUAUUUGACUUCUGUAGGAGUGCACCACCCCACUAGGUAUAGGGGCGGGGGGAGCGGGGGAGGAAGGGAAUAUCAGUAAUGCUGACUACCAGUUCCAUUGCUCGCAAUAUACCCUGCCAUGUCGACCUCGACAUGGUCCCCCCUGGAAACCAUCGUACUUAUUUCCAGGUAAGACACAACGAUGAGCUAACUGACCUACCUUUUCAUUCUCAUCAUCCCUUCACUGGUACUCCGCCAGCG